AUGGCCUACAACACGCAGGGGUUCACAUUGGCCAACCAGGCCUCCAAAGCUACAGAACCAACGUUUGGUCCCGACCUCUCGGUUCGCUUGAUUUGCCCAGAGUGCAAGGACCCGAACCCGCAGAUCGUCGAGGAGUUUGCGAGCGGCGACCUGGUUUGUGGCAACUGUGGACUGGUGCUCGGAGACAGGGUGGUGGACACGCGGAGUGAAUGGCGGACGUUCGCCAACGACGAGGGAGACGAUCCUUCUCGUGUCGGUGCAGCGUCUGAUCCUCUCAUGGACGGUAUGGAGCAACUCGACACCGUGAUCAGUUUCCGCGAUGGAGGCUCGGGGAUCUCCCGUGAACUCCAGCGCGCGGCCUCCCGUGCCCAGAGCUCGCGCACCGAACGCAACCUCCUCACCGCCUUCCGCGAUAUCUCCAACUGGUGCGACCAGUUCUCCCUCCCAAAGACCAUCAGCGACAUCGCCAAGCAGCUGUACAAGCGCACGGACGAGGAGAAGCUGCUCCGCGGGAAGCCCCUCGAGGCCGUCAUCGCGGCGUGCAUCUUCAUCGCGUGUCGCCAGGCGCACGUUCCUCGCAGUUUCAAGGAUAUUUGCUCGUUGACGCACGUUUCGAAGAAGAUGCUGGGGCAGUGUUAUAAGGUGUUGGAGAGGGCGUUUACACAGGUUGGCGCGGCGCCGUCGAGUGGGCCGGAGGGGUUCCUCGUGCGGUACUGCAACUAUUUGGACUUGCCACCGAAUGUGCAGGGCAUCUGUCGCGAUGUUAUCGUGGCGGCACGGGAGCAUGGUAUUGCCGACAGUCGCAGCCCGCUGUCUAUCGCUGGUGGCGCCAUUUAUUUCUGCUGCAUGCUUCUGGGACAUACCAGGACCCUCAGGGAGAUCAGCCAGGUGGCGGGUGUGACCGAGACGACCAUCCAGUCGGUGUAUCGGCUGUAUUAUUUCGAGAAGGAGAAGCUGGUGAAGAAGGAGUGGCUCGAGUCUGGAAAGGCUGACAUGUCGCGUCUUCCGGUGGAGUACCGAUAG